AAGCAACCUUAUUAACACAAAUGCUCGUUUAGGAGCGCAAACAAUUGUUCAAACAAAUAAACCUCCUUUAGAAAACAGCACAGUACACGCAAAAAGCGGAAAUAAUCACAAAUAAUGCGAUUCGUAUGAACAUCGCGCCGCUUUUCAGAGAUGACGAUAACUUCAGGGGAUUUUGAACCAACUCAGAGAUGGCCUUUUUCCUGCUCAACAGAUCCAGACUCCAGAUCAAUAAAGGAGUCGGUCCUUCGGUUGGAGCGUGUAGCUGUGACAGAGUGCGUCACUGAUGGACCAAAAACUGUGGGAACGACCCCUUAUGACCUCAAUUUCAUUCCCUGUAAGGAUGGCCAUAACGUGAUUCAUCAAUGUUCUUCUUGAGGUACAGGCACGGUUUUCCUGAAAAGUGCUUUGAAACUCAACCAAGGCAGGGGUGCAUGCAUAAAUGCCAAGAAACUGCAUUAGAGAGACGCCACCCAAAGAAAACGACAUCUUUUUGUGGAAAAUGGACCCGCCGCACAAGGAGAGACGGUCACCGGAAAACGGCCCCAGCUCGGCUCGGCCCUGUUGCUCAAGCCUCAAGAUGUUCCUCGUGGCCUUGUCCUUUGCCUACUUCGCCAAGGCAUUAUCCGGGAGCUAUAUGAAAAGCACAAUAACUCAGCUGGAAAGACGCUUCGACAUCCCCAGUUACUUAAUAGGUGUCAUUGAUGGCAGCUUUGAAAUAGGUAACUUGUUAGUGAUCGCCUUUGUGAGUUACUUUGGUGCCAAACUUCACCGUCCGAAGAUCAUCGCCAUGGGCUGUCUGUUGAUGUCGCUUGGGACUUUUCUAAUUGCCUUGCCCCAUUUUAUAAUUGGACGCUACAAGUUUGAAACAUCGAUCCGAUCGUCAGUGAACUCCAGCAGUAACCUCUCUCCAUGUCCAGUGAGGCCUAGCGAUCUGGCCACAGGUCCCAGCCCUACUUCGGGACCAAGCUCAGGUUGCGAACACGAGUCCAGGUUGUCCAUGUGGAUCUACGUUUUCCUAGGGAAUAUCUUGCGAGGAAUCGGCGAGACCCCGGUGCAACCUUUGGGAAUCUCAUACAUCGAUGAUCAUGCUCUGGAGGAGAACGCAGCCUUCUACAUCGGAUGCGUCCAGACGAUAUCAGUCGUCGGUCCGGUGUUUGGCUACAUUCUGGGGUCCGUCUGUGCCAAGAUAUAUGUGGACAUUGGAUUUGUCAACAUGGAGAGCAUUAGCAUCACCCCAGGAGAUGCACGCUGGGUAGGCGCCUGGUGGCUGGGAUACCUUAUUGCAGGACUCAUCACCCUGCUCUCGGCGGUGCCGUUUUGGUUCUUGCCCAAGUCUUUGCCCCUGCCAGAGAGACGGCUUGCCAAGUAUUCUCCAGAGCGGACCAGCUUCAUCAAAGACUCGCCCCUGCUGGAGCACAAGUACCAGGCGGACGAGCCAGCUAACUUCCUAGAAAUGGCCAAAGACUUUUUGCCAACGCUGAGAUCCCUUUUGGGGAACCCAGUCUACUUUUUGUAUCUCUGCGUCACCAUCAUCCAGUUCAACUCUUUGAUCGGUAUGGUGACGUACAAGCCAAAAUACAUCGAGCAACAUUACGGACAGUCAGCGUCCAAAGCCAACUUCUUAAUGGGAGUGAUCAACAUCCCAGCCGUAGCCUUGGGAAUGUUCUCGGGGGGUGUGAUCAUGAAGAAGUUCAAGCUGAGCAUCAUGGGAGCAGCCAAGUUUGCGCUGGGGACAUCUCUUCUGGGCUAUUUCCUGUCGCUUUUCUUCUUCACCAUGGGAUGUGAGAAUGCCAGCGUGGCCGGCAUCACCAGGUCAUACAAUGGGACGGAAAGUCUUUACAAAGCGGACAGUUCUCUCUGGGCGUCCUGCAAUGCAAACUGUAAGUGUCCCGAAACGAGCUGGGACCCCGUGUGCGGUGAGAACGGCCUCACCUACGUCUCCCCCUGCCUGGCUGGAUGCCGGACGUCCCACGGCUCUGGAAUGGACACGGUGUUUGAGCAGUGCAGUUGUAUAGCAGUCGGGAAUCAUACGGCCAGUGCGGGCCAAUGCAACAACAGAGACAGCUGCCAUCGAGUCUUCCCCUACUUCCUAGCUCUGUCUGUCAUCACUUCCUUUAUCAUCUCGCUGGGUGGAACGCCGGGAUACAUGCUGCUCAUCAGAUGCAUCAAACCUCAGCUGAAGUCUUUAGCUUUGGGUUUUCACACAUUGACGACACGUACUCUAGCUGGAAUUCCAGCUCCUAUAUACUUCGGAGCCAUCAUAGACACCACCUGUCUGAAAUGGGGUCAGAAGAAAUGCGGUGGGAGAGGAGCCUGUCGAAUCUACAACACCACUGCCUACAGGAUAGCAUAUCUGGGCCUGACGCUGGGCUUACGGACCGCUUCCUUCUUCCUGUGCAUUCUCGGGCUGGUGGUGCUACGACGGCACGUUCGGCGACAAGAGCGCAACACGCUCGCGAACGGAGGCACGGGGGCCGCGGCCGGCGAACUGCAAGCCCUCAGGAAAGAAGAAAACAACAGCUGUAACUCGGACCAGUGCCCACGGACGGCGGAUUACGACCCGGAACGGGAGACGCGUCUGUGACUCGCGUACACGCACAUGUACACGCACACCUGCGCAGGGAGCAACAGCGCCGUCUGUUUGACACUUUCUAUCGGACUUGUGUAAAUGAUGUGAAAUAAGUUGUUUUUGAUAUAGUAGAUUUAUUUCUUGAAUGUACAUGAUGUUUUGGGUUAAAAAAAAAAAGAAGAGGAAGAAGAAGAAGAAGAAUGUCUUACAAUCUACCUGUUUGGAUGCUUUUAGAAGCCCAACUAGAGGCAAUUAAGCAUUGGAUUUCCUCUCAUUUAAGCCAUUGUCGUGCACAGGCCCUAUAAGGAUAACACCUUGUUGGGUACAUGAUCACGUCCGUCGUAUCUCUCUCUCCUGCCAUACACACUGAUAGAUGCCUGAAACAGUUGACCACGACACUGUGUGCUUAAUAUAGGUAGGCCUCGAUCUCUAUCUCGUCGGAGAUCUCGAAUUGCGUCCCAUUUGUAUUGUCAUGAAGGAAGGAAAUGCUCACCAUUGUGCUUUUCAGUGUCACCUGACAGCAGUUCCUUCCAUUUAAGAAAGGCGCGAGGAACGGGCCAGAACUGUGCGAACAGGUGCGUGACGCCGUGGGUAUGUAAGUAAUCAUCUUCAUGAUCGAUGUUGUGCAAUGUCACUGUGCGUGUGUGUCGUUACGUGUGAACGGGUGCAUUCCUGUGCCAAAAAAAACAAAACAAACAAAAAAAAAAAACAUGAAAAGUGCGAGAAGGCAAAGUCAACAUGGUCUAUUCUCAGGUCGUUCAAUCAAUUGUUCCUCAAAUUUGCAAAUAAUUAUUCUUUUAUAUACUUGUAUAAAUCGUUGUCUGGUUUCAGCUGGCGGAAAUGUUCCUUUGUAACGACCAAGCAAAGGAUUUUUAUUUGUGACUUGUAAAGCAAAUAAAACGAGUGGCAUUUAUUACUUGCUUUUACGUUAGGCAGUACAUAAUUUUAUUUGCUGAUAUGUUUUUUGUAUACUUUAAAGUGAAUAUCCUGAUGUGUAAAAAAAUGCAUUUAUGUGAAAGAUUAGAUACAUUCUUUUAAAAAUAAACUGAAUGAUUUACUACA